AUGGCAAUCAAAUACAAACUCUCCAAAGAAUCAAUUGGAUCAUUAAAUGUCACUGAAACCGAAAACCAGUAUACAUUUGGUUAUCCAUGUAAUGAUAGUAUAUAUGACUGCACACCAUACACAGUUGACUUGAGUAGCGGCACUUAUCUUAUCGAAGCAUGGGGAUCUGUUGGUUCAUUCCAACAUCAUCAAGCAGGAGAUUCGAUUCCUGGCCUGGGAGGCUAUUCUUCAGGCGUCCUAAAAGUAAAAAACCCAUUGACUCUCUAUUUAUAUAUUGGAUCAAUUUCAUUUUUUAAUUCCAUGUUUAGUUACACUUCGAAAGGAAAUUAUUUCUUUGCUAUCGGGGGUGGUUCCUCCGACGUGAGAUUGAACGCAAGUAAAACCUUUGAUUGGUCAGAUCCUAUUUCCCUACGCUCGCGUAUUCUAAUUGCGGGCGGUGGUGGGGGCUCAGAGUGGCAUAAUUCCAUUGGGGGAAAUGGAGGAGGCCUUGAAGGAGGAAAAGGCUUCUCCAACUGCAGUUUGAAUUAUGAACCAUGCCCAAAUUCGAUUUCUGGGGGUGGUACACAGAGAUCUGGUGGAAGCUCAGCCCCAAAUUUUAGAACAUUGAUUGGAUAUCAAGGAUCGUUCGGAGUUUCUUAUGUAAAUUAUAACUCUGAUGAUAUGGGAGGAAUCGGAGGAAAUGGAUAUUUCAGCGGCGGAUCUGUUGAUAGGGCAGGUGCUGGUGGAGGGGGAAGCUCCUUUAUUUCGGGAUAUGAUGGUUGUAUUGCAUUGAAUAGCUCAUUAAAUGAAAAUCCAAGCCCAAUAAAUUCCUCAAUUCAUUAUUCAGGAAUAAAAUUCAUAAAUCCUGUAAUGAUACAAGGAAAUAACACUAUGCCUCUUUUCUUCAAAUCAGAGACCUCAAUCCGAGGAAUUGGAAAUAAUAAUAGAGGUGCAAUAAGGAUCACAAUAGUUUCUCUAAAAAAAUGCACAGAAAAUUCAAUGUGCCAAAUAUAUUUUCCUUUUCUUUUCACAAUCUUUCCAUGUCUAAUAUAG